UCGUAAAACGUCGUCUGCUAUUCUUCACUCCAUUGUGACAUCAAAGAGCAAAAAUAAUGGGAAUAACUUGCACGCAAAAUGCAACUGUGCGGACACAAUGCAGACUUAGUGACGGUUAUUGUGACUGUACAAUAAAAAAGAAAUAUAAACAAUCGAAAACUCAAAAAGGAUAUUGUUUCAACAUAAUAACUUUAACAGUAACACUAUUAUUAUGUCUGCCAACGACAGUAAAUAGCCUAAAAGGCAAAACAUGUCCAUCUCAAUGCUCCUGCACUGUGGAAAGUAUUGUAUUUUGCAAUAAUAAAGGUUUGACAUCUACUCCAUUAGGAUUUACUUCUGCAGUGGAGAAGCUCUACCUUUUUAACAAUAACAUCACGACUAUUCCUCCAAGAAGUUUACAGCCAUUUAAGAAUUUAAAAAUUCUUGACAUAUCUGGGAAUCGAAUCUCAAAUUUCGCGUUAUGGAAGGGAAUUUUCAAUCGACUAACACAACUGGAAAACAUCAUGCUACAGGAUAACCAGAUAACAAAGAUAACGGCUGAUCUGUUCAGAGGUCUCAAUAAUUUGGCAAGGAUUUACCUUCAAAACAACGAGAUAUCGUACAUCGAACCAGGAGCAUUCAGUAACCUCUCAAAUCUUGUCGAAUUAAAGUUACGAAACAACAAGCUAAUGACGAUACCAAGAUUCGAAUAUUCUCCGAAUCUUCUUCUAUUAGAUCUUGGAUACAAUCGGUUCCGGCAGAUACCAGACAUGACGCUUUCAACGGUGAACGUCGAACAGCUUUUCUUGCAGAACAACCGACUAACCCAACUAAGGACUUCGAUAUUCGAUGAUACAAGCCAUCUCAGCCAUCUUGAUAUCAGCAGUAACAGACUGACAGCUGUACCCCAGUUUAUUAAAUCUCUCGUUGGAAUGCGGACCCUUAACAUGUCUUUGAAUACGAUCAAGACGAUUCCGCAAGAUACGUUCACGAAGCUGACAAAAUUGAAGGUUUUAGCCAUGCGUGGCAUGGCAUUGAAGUCACUGCCAGAUGGCGUCAUACCACCCCGCGUUAUAUUGAAUGUAUUGGAUAUCACUGACAACGACUGGGAUUGUGGCUGUGACAUUAAGUGGAUGCCACAAUAUAUAAGGAUUUUUCGUCAAGCAUUUGUGCGGCCAGAAAGUCUGAAAUGUUCGUCGAGAUCUCGACUAAGAAACAGAGUCAUUGAAGAACUAACCGAAGACGAUUUUGACUGCUCGAAGACCAAUACACUGGUACCACCACUGGGUUCUGUAUCGCCACCCCCUGGAACACCGCCUACGACACCUAGUGUUACAAAAACACCAUGGUCCGUUAACCCGUGCGAUGUUUAUCCUUGCUUUCAUGGAGGAUCGUGUUAUGCUUCGAAACGUUUGCCGAAAUGCCGUUGCACGAAAAAUUGGACCGGUUCGCAAUGCCAACAAUCGCUCACAACACCGACUACGACGACUAGAACAACUACAGCAUCAUCGACUAUGCCGACUACAACAACAAAACAAGCACACCGACCUUCGCUUUUAAUCAACACAAAUUCAGUAACUGAAAAUUCAGUCGAAAUAAUACUCCCCAUAACAGAAAAAGAACUACUCGUCUCCAUUGCAGAAGUGGGGCAAAAACGGCCCCCAAAGGAGUUCAGCAUAACCCCAAAAGCGCACCCAUUUACAGUCAAAGGUCUUGAGCCAGGACGAUUUUAUAACAUCUGUAUUCAUCUACCGCUAGUGGGCAGUGGAAUGUCAUCUAAAACUAAGGAUACGUUAUGCGGUUCCGUGAAAACCUCCGGUCGACGGAUAUACCAAUCCUCAGUGUAUACUGAUAUUACGGUAGUCCCAAGUCCCGGACUGGCAAGAGACGAAACUACAGGAAUACGCCAGCGUGAUAAGACUGAACCUGCGAUACCGGGAACAGGAGACAAAUUCCGCAGUGGUCUAAAUCCGGAGACGACUCCAACCGAAAGCACCGAAUUCCAAAUUUUGUUGCCUGCUGUUGGGGCGGGAAUCGGCGGUCUUGUAAUAGUAUCAUUACUAAUCUUAUUCUGUUACUGCUACAGACAAAAACGACUGAUAAAAAUGAAACAGCAAAACAACGGGGACUACACACCCGGAUCUCCGUUAGAGACGACACAAUCCGAUAUGGAAAUGUCUACCCAAGUACAUCACCAUGUACAUAACCACUACACAGCCACAGGUAUGGACCCAAACGGGAUACAAAGUUCUCCAAUAAAGCAAAAUACCCCGAAUACGAGACCAAGUAAUGCACAAAGCAGUACCUUCAUAAACAACUCGAAUUCAAGAAUCAGCAUUCCAAAUAAACCAGGGUCACUGAGUGGCGCUAGUGAUUCGAGCGGAAGUGUACCCCGCUACGCGGAUUCGUCACUUCAAUACCCUCAUUCGCCAAGUUUUCUUCCUCCAUCACCCCCUCUGCCGGUACAAAAUAUGAGCGGCAUUCCGCCGCAAGUUGGCGGAAGAGCAGCUGAUUAUCAAUACAGGAAUAACCAAAACAACAGCAAUAACUCCAGGGCUUCGUUUCCAAAUAACCACUGUGGAGCGCCAUUGAGGCGAUACGAAUAUGAGCCAGAAAUAUUAGAUGACAUGCAACCACUAGUAGGCGGUACAGGACAAUAUUACGGAGCAACUGAAGGACAAAUUUAUCCUGUCAACCAAAGACACGGAACCACAUAUAUGGCCCCAUCGGGUCCUGUAGCAUUCCCACAAACGAACUCGAGGUCCGCUUUUCAGCCGAUUCAGAGCCCCCGGAACACUGUACGAACCCCCACUUCCGAAACUGCGCCAAUAAUAACUCACGCCGGCACGGGCCGCGUAAUUCCUUCGCAAGCUUGCUUUAAUAGGAAUAUAAUAAACGAUGGUUUGCCGAGGUAUCAUGAUGGAGUACAAGUAGUGUGAUUAUCCGGAAACUAAGUUUCCGCAAAAGUACGGGAUCAAAGGUCAUAGUGCAAAGUGCACUGAUGGAGACGAACGAAAAGGGUACUGUUGUUGGGUUUGUGUUUUUACCGAGAAUACUUAUGCGCAAACCGAUUUUGCCAUGAAUUCCACUUCAUAGGCUUAUUCUAAGCCAGUGGUCGACAAACUGUGGGUUACAGAGCAUUUUCUAGUCAUCCCCCGAGAAAUUUCAAUUAUGGCAGUAAUACACAAAGUUCUAUAAAUCCAAAGUUACAUAAAAGGUUAUUGUUUAUAUAUCAAACGAUCGUACAUUUUAUUCAUUUCAACUAAACAAAGCUAUUUCGUGAUUGAAUUUAAAAAUUUCCAACGAAAUUAUUGGGGUUGAAACCUUUUUCAUUUUGCUAUUUGGGCUCACUUAAAAUACUUUGCUCAAAAUACCCCUACUCUAAGCAUUCCCGAAAAAUUACUUUUCCGCGCAAGAGGUUUUUUCUUCGCAAAAGUACCACACAUGUUGACGCCACUAUAUUUCUUCUAUUUACACAAUUUUGCCGAAUAUUUUUGACUGUGUUUAUAUUUUUUUUUUUGUUAAAAUUUGUUUAAAUUCUAAAUUCUUGGGAGUCGGGAGUUCAUACUUCAAUGGCGGUGCUUGGAGUCAAAAUUUCUAUCAGCCUGAAUUGUUGUUCUCAGAUGUCACGUUUUUUUUUUACAAAAUAACAAAUAUUUGUUCUUAUUUGAUGAUAGGAACCGCAACUCAAUUAUUAAUACUCCAACUGCAAAAUGAUAUUAGCUUUCUAAGAAUUUUUAAAGUUCCGUUUUCAAUGCCUUUCUCUUAUUUUACGCUUCAGUUGUUUUAUUCUGUUUAUUUUAUGUUCCAUCUUUCUUGUAAUGAUAUCGGUCGGCCCUUCUAAAGCAUAACAGUUCCUAAAUAUUAUCCGCUGCUUAUCUUGAGCAUUGAACGUAGCAAAAGCGCAAGGUAUCUCAUAAAAGUACGCUUUAUAUUCCUAAAUUGGAUUAGUUGUUGAUUGUACAGUGCUUUUUUUAUACUCGUGCCUACAUUUGCGGUAAGACAUGAAGUCGUAGCCUUUUCAACACCCUUUUGCUCUAUUCUUGAACGAUUUACUGAAAACCAGAGAUUUUCUGGCUUGCUAUCAAUAAUCCUUUCACCAAAUGAACCGAACGGGUUAGAUGUCAAUGCGCGCUUAUAUGCCUUGGAUAACUUCAACAGCGAAGUACUUAAGAUAUUGUUAUUAGGACCGGGAAUUUCAGGGAAAACACUUUAACCGUUAACCGGGUAAAAUUAACCGGUUAACCAUCUGAAAUCGGUUAACCAUUCCCAGCCCUAAUUGUUAUAUAUCAGUGGCCUCCAUUAUCUGAUUUUGUUCGGAAUAAAAGACACGAAUGAGCGCCGUAUUACGUCUUUAUACCAAAAAAAUUGAGCUGGGUGCGCUCUCGGCGCCAACCCCAAAAUUUAAAAUUGAACAUCUCGAUCGAUUAUUCCCUGCCCAUCAGGAUAAAUAUGUAAAUUCUAUCCAACCCACUCCCCCAAAAAGAAUUCCUGUGAAAUCAUCUUUGCCUUUUUUCUUUUUAGUUUAUUACUUUUUAUUGCUAUUUCAGAUUUGUUUUUUACUUGUUACCAGAAACAUCAGACCGGAUAAUGAUUCUAAUAUUAGUGAUAAUCAAGCUUCCUAUGCGACACUAUGUUUCUAUUUCAUGAAUAUUAUUGCAAAUAAUUUGAUGAGUCAAUAGUUUAUAGCGGGGUUUCUCAAACUGUGUUCCACGAGCUUCUUCGGAGCGUCCAAGGAUCGAAAUUGCAAAUAAAUUGGUCGACAUGGCGAUCUCGCCAUACUUCGGCGCCUCCAGGUCGCAUAUUUGUCUUAUUUUUACCUUACGCUUAAAUAUUCUGGUAACCAUCCAUAAAUUUCACCUUCUGAUUUCUCGUUGUUCCACGAGGCGAGAUAAAAGAGUGGGUGUUCCGAGACAAAAAGGUUUCAGAAAAUAGUUUUAUCUUACUUUCGCCAGAGCAUAACCCGACUCACCAAACUUUUUUUUCCCCUAAACACCUACGCUGUUUAUUUUAUCUUGCUUCGCGGAACACCGAGAAAUUAGGUAGAGAAAAAUGUAAAAUUGAUAGAUUGUUUCCCCAAUUGGAGGUGUAAAGUGCUGUAAAUUGACAAUUAAAAAUCUACGUUAACGAUAUUAAACAGUUAACAAAAUUGUGAUUUUCAAGACUGACACGAUGCUUAUCUGUCUGUUUAGAUAGCAAGACCUGUUUGUCGCCAGUUGGGAGAUCUAAUUUACGACCCAAGAUCGUAGAGAUACGGCUGGGAUCGCCAUGUCGCCAAGUUCGAUCCUUGUUCCGCGGAACACUUCCGCGAAAAGGCUCCGUAACACAGUAACGCUGGCACAACAUUAUCUCCGCUUACAAACGUUAUAUUCAGGUCGCUACAAUAACUUAAUUUUUACUUGUUAUGAUUAGCUGCUGCUUUAUGUACUUCUGUCUGUGCUUUCACUAAAGUUGAUUUGAAGCAGUUCGUAUCGGAAUUACUACCCUAGAGACCGAGGUACAAAUCCAGGAUUAGAACCCCUGAUUGUUGGUUGCUUCCGAAGUAUUCGUACCAAGAUGGCGCACAACCUGAACACAGUAUGUGUACCAGGUUAGGAUUGUUCAGGUUGUGCGUCAUCUUGGUACGAAUAUUUCUGGGGCGCCGAUUGUUGUCUAAAGUCUUUCAAAGAGAAGUGUGAAACACUUGAAAGUUUAAACCUGCGAAAAAAAUGUUAAAAAGAUUUUGCAAAAGUCUUCAACUUCGUAAUAAAACGAUGACUAGUCUUUGCUACUUCUGUGCCAAUUUAUGUUCUUGAAUUAUACAGCAUGCAUUUUUAUAUAAGUUCAAUAUAUGCGUUUACAAAUA